AUGGGGCUCGAAGAUUUGGAACUGAAUGACAGCAGGCCUGCGACCCCCAGCAGAAGUGGCGUUGAGGCGCGAGAGCAACUUCCUCGACUUCCACUUGGAGGUCAAGCGCGCGAGGUCGAAUUUUCGCCGACUGUCGGGGAGCAAACCACGAGGAUGCUGAACCGCGCAGCGUCUACGGCGCGUGGGCUGGUGAAACUUCUGGGCAUCGGGGUCAUGAUUGUAGUCCUCAUCAUUGCCAUCAUGAACUGGCCGCCCUGGGUCAUCGAGAGCCCGGAUGCCAGAGUGCAGGUAAUGUCUGUCCUCUUCGCAGCAGGGCUCUUCAUCGUCGCUGUGGAAGAUGUCGUUGGCAUCAACAAAUCAGCUAUGAUGAUGGUCUUAGCCGCGGUCAUGUGGACUUUCCUGGCUGUCGGCUACCACCCCAACAACUCGAAGGCAGGGUACAUGCAGCUCCACGAGGAGCUCAACCGUGGCUUAGAGGAUGUGGGCAGCGUGCUCCUCUUCCUUUUGCCAGCAAUGGGUGUCGUCGAGUCCAUCGAUCACUUCGACGGUUUCGCUUUGGCUAAUAUGGCUAUCAAGCGAGCCAUCGAAGGAAGGAAGGACCGUCUGAUGCCGAUUAUCUGCAUCCUUACGUUCUUUCUCAGCUCCGUCAUCGAUAAUCUCACCUCCACCAUCGUGGCUGUGAAAAUUCUGCGGCGGCUUGCCUCCGAAGAUGAGGAAUAUCGCCGCCUGUGCGGCGGCCUUGCUGUCAUAGCAGCGAAUGCCGGAGGUGCCUGGUCACCCAUCGGUGAUGUGACCACUACCAUGCUUUGGAUUCAGGAGAAGAUCACGGCUACGAAUACUGUGCUGUGGCUGUUUUUUCCGUCGUUUGCGGCAGGCGUGCUGCCGCUGUGGGGCCUCAGGUGCCAGGCUCGUCGCCUUUUGCAAGCACCUGGGCCAGCAGAGCACCGCAUCAAGGACCGAAAGAAAGGUCCAGGAUGGGAGCAGGAGCCUCUGAAAGAGGAAGGCUUGGACGAGGACGACACCGAGCAAAUCACCAGACAGAAGGUGAUCGCUUUGAUUUUCGGCGUGCUUUGCAUCCUCAUGGUACCCGGCCUGAAGAUUGGCUGCGGCUUACCGCCGUACUUGGGGAUGCUUCUUGCUUUGGGCCUCAUGUGGCUUCUGACGGACGUGAUGCACUUCAGGGGCCACAUGAUGAAUGGAGAUGCAGAAGAAGAUGACCACGGGGGACCGCCCCAGUACGGAGUCGUCAGUGCGCUUCGCAAGGUCGAUCUGACGGGUCUUCUCUUCUUCACCGGUGUGCUCUUGGCCAUCGGUGCCCUCAAUGCUGCAGGUGUCCUGAAGGAUCCCUCGAACUGGCAAACACAGCCUCGACGUUUCGCUCCGCCUCGUCCUCACCUUGACUUCAGCUCCCUGGCCACCAUGGAUUCCAUGCAAGGCGGCCUAAUCAGUGAUCCCGCUGACUCGUUGGUGGCUGGCUCUGCCUAUGGUGACUUUGGUGCAGGCUGUGGCUACGACGCAGGAGGUUUUGCCGGCUGUGGAUGUGGAUGUGGCGGCGGAUGCGGCUGCGAUGCAGGUGGCUGUGGUUGCGGUGGUUGCGGAUUCAACAGCGGCUGCAAUGGCAACUGCUUUGGAUGCGGUGGGUGCGGCUGCGGCCAAGGAUGCCAAGGGUGUGGUUGUGGCUGUGACGGAUGCGGUUGCGGCGCCUGUUGCGGUUGUGGCUGUGGCUCAAAUCCGGGAGGCUGCGGCUGUGGCUGCGGCGGCUGUGGCUGCAGUGGCUGCGGUGGCUGCGGUUGUGGAUGCAACGCUGGCUGUGGCUGUGGCUGUUCCGGCUGUGGCUGCGGGGGUGGAUGUGGUUGUGGGGGUGGAGGGUGUGGCAACUUCGGCUGCGGAGGCUGUAACUACGGUUGCAACUGCAAUUCCGGAUUGGGAGGGGGCGGCUGCGGGUGUGGCAACUGCUAUGGUGGAUGCGGCUGUGGAGGAUGUGGCUGCAGCAGUUACGGCAGCUGUGCUGGUUGCGGAAGUGGCUGCGGAGGAUGUGGUGGAGGCUGCACAGGUGAGCGGCGAGUCGGUGUUGUGAAGAACUGGAAUCCUGACAGAGGUUUCGGGUUCCUACGCACGGAGGGUCACGAGAAGGAUACAUUCUUCCCUCGAAGAGAGCUGCCACCUGAAUUCCAAAGCGAGAGUGCGCUGAACGGCAUAACCUUUGCCUACGAUGUCAGUUCCGCGGCAGAUGGUCGGCCGCAGGCCAGGAGCUUGCAGUUUGUGGGCGGUGCAGCCCAGACCAUCCCAACCCCGUCGGGCCCGGCAAUCGAAGGCUUGGGAACGCGAUGCAUUGGUCAGGUGAAAAGCUUCUCUGGCAAGGGUGGAUACGGCUUCAUGAGCGUCAGUACCAAUGGAGCUGACAUCUUCUUCGCCAAGCGAGAUUUGCCAGCGGGCAUGCAGGAAGCCAAUUUGAUCGGAGUCCAGUUUGAGUUCGACAUUGGCUCCAGCAACGAUGGGCGAAGUCAGGCCAAGAAUCUGGUUUGCGUGGAUCCGGGCUCCGGCAACUUCGGCGCCGCUGGCCCCGGCAAGGGCCACGGCAAGGGCGAGCCAACCGACGGCUCGCGCCUUCAGGGGCAGAUCAAGGAAGUGCAUCAGGACGGAGGCUUGAUCGUUUGUGCUUCGAUGGCCGAGGAGGUAUCUUUCACGCCCACAGACCUUCCUGCCAACCUGCAGCGGCAGGUGCUAUCGGGCGAAACAUCGCGUUUGCAGAGGGCCACCGUCCUUUUCACGCUCGCUCUGGGUGGCGCGCGGGCUUUUGCCAAAGAGGUCAUGAUCAUCCCAGAGCCAGAUGAGAUCAUCGUUGGCGAAGUGGUGCAGUUCAACGCAAGUGCAGGGUAUGGCUUCAUCAAGCCGACAGUCGACUCGGUGUUCCAGCAGGAUGUGUACUUCAACAUCAAGGACUUGUCACGGGCGCUGUCGGAUGAGGAACGAGGAGGUCUGAGCGGGCAGGCGUGCCGCUUCAACUUGCGACUGACGCCCGACAACAGGCCUCAAGCUCGACGUGUUGAGCUGGUGGGUGCUGCCUUCGGAGGCGCUUCAACCAGAUUCAGCUACGAGCCUCCUGUGCAGGCAGCUGCGGCUCCGGCCGGCUUCUCUGCAGGUGGAGUGACCAUGGGCUUGCCGGAAGAGUUUGGAGGCGCUGCGACGGCACGAGACACUCAAACAAAGUCACGCUUCAGCUACGAGGCACCGAAUCCGACCAGUUCUCUCUCCGGCUUUCACUCAGGCGCGUUUGACUGUCCAUCAAUUAGCCAUGAAGCCAAGCUGGUGUGCUGGGAGAGGUCAAAUUGA